AUGGCAGACGCACAACAGGCCAACAAAGCCCACCGCAAGGCCAAAACGGGUGGCAAAGCCGAAAAGACCAAAACCAAACACUCCAACGGUUUCAACCCCAAAGCUUUCAUCUCUGCCAACAUCAACGUUGCCCAAAAGCAAAUCCUCCGCAAUGCCGAAAAGGAUCAGAAACGAUACCACGUUCCUCUCGCAGAUCGAACACCCGAUGACGAACCCCCUCCCAUCAUCGUCGCUGUUGUCGGACCCGAAGGGGUUGGUAAGACUACCCUUAUCCGUUCUCUUGUCCGUCGGUAUACCAAGCAUACGCUCGCCGAGAUCAAAGGUCCGCUUACGGUUGUAACGGGAAAGAAACGAAGGGUGACGUUCCUAGAGUGCAACAACGAUAUUAACAGUAUGAUUGAUAUCGGUAAAGUGGCCGAUUUGGUUUUGUUAAUGAUCGAUGGAUCGUUUGGCUUUGAGAUGGAAACCAUGGAGUUUUUAAACGUUUUACAGUCGCAUGGCUUUCCCAAAGUGAUUGGCCUUUUGACGCAUUUGGAUUUGAUUAAGAAGGCAAAAACUCUCAAAGCCACCAAGAAGAGGUUGAAACAGAGGUUCUGGACUGAGAUUUACGAUGGUGCAAAGUUGUUCUACCUUUCAGGCAUUAUCAAUGGCAGGUAUCCGGAUACCGAGAUUCAGAACUUGUCCAGGUUUAUCGGCGUGAUCAAGUUCAGACCGUUGAUCUUCCGUAAUGCUCAUCCCUAUGUGCUGGCGGAUAGGAUGGAGGAUUUGACGCCCAGGGAAGAGAUUCGUGCCAACCCGAAAACAGAUCGUACGAUUACUGUAUACGGCUAUUUGCGUGGUACGCAUCUUCGUCCUUCUCAAAGAGUCCACAUCCCCGGUGCCGGAGAUCUUUCCAUCACUUCUGUGGAAAAACUCAACGAUCCAUGCCCGCUUCCAACGCAAGAUAGCGAGAAACGUCGCAAACUCUCCGACAAAGCUAAACUCAUCCACGCACCCAUGAGUGACGUCGGUGGUGUCAUGUUCGACAAGGAUGCAGUCUACAUCAACGUCCCAGGCAACUUUACACGCAAUGGCGAAAACGGCAACCCAGCGGGAGAGGGAGAAAAGAUGGUGAUGGAUCUGCAAGACGCUCAUACGACGCUAGACAACCUUGCUGCUCAAAGCGAGUUGCGACUCUUCGAUUCGGAUUCGACUGGGUUGCCUGAUGUCAAAACUGAUCAGGCCGAGGAUGCAGCUGCAGCUGAUGCAUUUCAGUAUGACACGCCAAGGAAGGGAAAGCGUGUAAGGAGGGCUGCCUUUGACGAUGUCUUGUUGGAUGACGACAUUGAGGAUGGUGAUGUAGAGGAGGAGGAGGAUGGUAGGGAUAGCGAUCGUGGCUUUCAUGAUGAAGAGGAUGAGGAUAAUGCUCGUCGCCGUGCGUUUACGCGUAAAGCCUCUGAAGCGGACGGAGAUGGUGGACCGGGCUCGAAGGAUAUUCCUUUCGCAGAUAGUGAUUCGGAUAUGGGUCUCGAUUCCGAUGAUAACCAAGACGACGAUGAGGAUGCUCAAUUUGCCUCUGGCUCCGAAGACCAAGAUGAGGUUGCACCAUGGAAACGCGACCUAGCCGCAAGAGCAGAAGCCACAGUCCGAGCCAACAAAAACCGUCGUCCCAUCGACCUGGCUCGUCUCAUUUACAACUCUGACAAGACUCCGGAACAGAUCGCUUCCGGUGACAUCUACAGCGACACCAACGACGAUGACGAUAUUCGGAAGAUGGCUGAAGAAGACGACGGCGAUUUCUUCUUCCGUCCUGCCGAUGGCAAGGCUUCUUCCUCCAAGACCAUCACCGAGGCAGAAGAGGAAUAUCAAGACGUCCCUGAUCAAGCACGACCUCUCCCCAAAGCUUCCGACUUGAGUCACUGGGCCGAGGAACGAAUCUUGGACUCGAUUCGAAAAUUCUUCAUCACCGGCGACGAGCCCGACAAUCUCGAAGAACGAAAGGACGGCAAGCGAGGUGAACCUUGCACUGAUCUCAACGAUGACCAAGAUUCUACCUCGGAUGCUGGUUCCAACGCCGCUCACGAUGACAACGGGGAUCAUGACGCAAAAGCCUCAGCCCUCGCCGCCAAGAAAGAAGCGCUAAAACGUCGCUUCGACGAACAAUACGACGACCCCGAUGCGGAUUCAAAACAAGAUUGGUACGAUGAACAAAAAGAUGCUCUCGCCGCGCAAGCCGCUCUUAACAAAGCCGAAUUCGAAUCUGUCGAUGAAGAAAUCCGACAUCAAGUCGUUGGUUAUCAACCUGGAGCCUAUGUUCGUAUUGAACUUUCCAAAGUUGCCUACGAGCUUGUUGAAAACUUUGAUCCCAACUAUCCUCUUCUGGUGGGAGGGUUGUUGGCUAGUGAGGAGAGUUUUGGAUUUAUUCAAGUUCGAAUUAAACGACAUCGUUGGCAUCAAAAGAUUCUCAAAACCAAUGAUCCUCUCAUCUUCUCAUUGGGGUGGAGAAGGUUUCAAUCGAUUCCAAUCUAUUCCUUGGAUGAUGGAACUAGGAAUAGGAUGUUGAAGUAUACACCGGAGCAUAUGCAUUGUUUGGCGACGUUUUAUGGACCUAUCUCGGCGCCAAACACUGGGUUUUGUGCGUUCAACACUCUUUCGACCUCUACUCCUUCUUUCCGGGUUUCGGCGACGGGGGUGGUGUUGGAUGUGGAUUCGGGCUCGCAAAAGAUUGUUAAGAAGCUCAAACUUACCGGAACCCCAAGCAAAAUUUACAAGAAUACGGCUUUCAUCAAGGAUAUGUUCUCCUCCGCAUUGGAGCUUGCAAAAUUCCAAGGGGCCCAUAUUAAAACGGUUUCGGGCAUUCGAGGUCAAGUUAAAAAGGCCUUGGCCAAACCGGAAGGACAUUUUAGGGCGACGUUUGAAGAUAAAAUUUUGAUGUCGGAUAUCGUGUUUUUAAGAGCGUGGUAUACCAUUCAACCUCGCAAGUUCUACAAUCCUGUCACUUCCCUUCUUCUUUCCGGCGAAAGGAGAACUUGGCAAGGAAUGCGACUCACAGGUGCAGUCAGAAAAGAACGACAACUUAAAGCUCCGAACCAUAUCAACUCAUCUUAUCGCGAUGUGCAACGUACUACAGAAAGAAAGUUCAAUCCGUUACGAGUUCCAAGGGCUUUACAAGCGGAAUUGCCAUUCAAGUCCAAACCCAAACAGAUGCAGGCAGCAAAAGGUACUUGCUACUUGGCAAAACGUGCGGUGGUGUUGGAAGGAGACGAAAAGAAAGCAUUGGCCCUGUUGCAACAGAUGAAGACGGUCCAGAGGGAGAAAGAGGAGAAGAGGAAAAAGAAGAACAAUGAAAACAAGAGCGAAAAGGCCAAACUCGCUGCAAAGGACGAAGAGAUCAGAGCGCAAAAGAGAAAGGCAGAGAUGAAGGAGAUCUACAGGAUUCAAGGCAUGAAGGCUCAGAGCGCUGCGAAGAGGCAGAAGACCAAGUAA